CGGUGGUAAAAUAUAAGGUGUACACAAAAGAACAGGGACUGUUUUCCCUGGCAAAAUUACAAUAAUCAUUUAUAAAACAGCUUCUAAGUCGCUACAGAGAUCACACUAAUUGCUCGCCACUCUGGGGUGAUAUCUCAUAACCCAAGAAACAAGGCGUACACAUGAGGAACUACAAUGGCAGACAAAUAUUCUUCAGAUCUGGCGCUUGUUGUUAUUGCGCAGAUAACACAAACUAUUGGUUACAGCUGCACACUGAGUGCACCCUUGGAGUUGUUGCAAGAUAUAUUGCAGAAGUUUACGCAGGAGUUUGCUCGAGACCUCCAUUGUCAUAUGGAACACGCAAAUCGGAUCGAGCCUAGUCUUAAGGAUGCACACCUCAGUAUGAAAAAUCUUAAUAUUAAUGUUCAAGAACUAUUGGAUUACAUAGGGAAUGUGGAGCCUGUGGGUUUCACAAGAGACGUACCACAGUAUCCUAUAAAAAAAGCUGUAAAUAUGAACUUUCUCAAGCCUGGAAGCGCAGAAACCCUGACCCGACCUGUCUACAUUUUUGAGUAUUUGCCACCAAUGCAAGACCCCGAACCACGAGAUAUUCAAACCGAAGCUCAAAAAGAAUUUUCCCAAAAACGGGAAUUUGCGACCAAGGCAGAGCCCGAUGCGACAAGUUCGGCGGACAAACUGGGCACCAACCACUUGGAGUCCCUUUCUCCCAACGCGGUAAUUAAUUUUCCGUCAAAUUCCUUUGAUUCGGAUAUUGGCCGCUCAGUCCGCGAAUUGAGCAGCGUGGUGAUGACUACCGGCGGAUUUAUUAGUCCAGCUAUCGAAGGCAAACUUCCAGAAGCUGUAAUACCGGAUAUAAUUGAAAAAUUUAAAGGUUUGGAUGCACCGCCUCCAUCGUCGAUAGUUGGUAACCCUUUGGAAAAUUCUCCAAACAUGAUGACAUCUGAAAAAGAAGCUGCUGUAAAUUCACGAAAAAUAAUAUCCCACCAAUAUUCAGAAGCUAAAAACAUUAGCCAAAAUGCUGCAUUAUUGACAAGUGAUAUCGCAGAGGCCUCUUUGAUAUUUCCUUCUAACAAUUCUCCAAUGUCAACCCCGUUGACUGCGACAACAUCUAAGAAGAAUAAAAAACAGAAACUGGAUUUAACAGGCGAGCCUGUCCAAAGAGAUAAAUCUCAUAAUUCUUUGGGUAAAUCUCAAGAAAAGUCGCAGCGAAAAGCUUUAAAAAUGUAUCAAAAACUUGCAAGGAACCAAAAUGACGCUACAAGUAGCCAAAUGCUGCACGUGAAAAAGUCUAAAAAGCGAGUCAAUCGGGGAAGCAGCUCGUCUGAUUCGAAUAAAAUACAAAUAGAAAAGAUGUUAAAGAAGCAGGCCAAGCAUAAGCAAAAGGGGCUUCAACUUGAACUUGACGGAAAAAGCUACUUGCAGAACACGCAAAUUAUGAGCGACUUUCCUAUUGAACCGAGUUUAAAUACAGAAAAUUCCGUCCCAGCUGAUUUGCCUGGAGCGGCGCCUGUAGUUUUAAAGGAGACUGAGAGUAAUUCCCAAAGUUCCAUUUUUCCAGCACAGCCGUGUGCAAUACAACAAUCGCAAGUAUCAUUGCCAGCAAAAAAAAACACAUCAGAACCGGAACGAAAUAAGUUGGAUAUAUUUAAGAAAAUUUCUAAGCCACGCACCCCGCGUCAGGAUGGAGGAGCAAUUUCUUUACCUCCUGGAAUAGGUGUACGUGUAUUCGGAAGCACAUUGCCCGCUCCGCCAUUAAUUAGUCUUCCAUCUGGGACUACUAUAACGCCAACACCCUCAAUAGGCCUGAAUCCUGAAAACAUAAACGCACCAAAUAUGAAAAUUAACAAUUAUGGUAUAUUGGAUCAAACCUCAUCUUCACCUAAAGCCGACGUAGAAAUGUCAAUUAUUGAUUCGGUGAAGCCAAAAAAGCGAGGCCGCAAACCUGGCGGGAAAAAUGUAGUAAAACAAACGAACUUUACAUCACAUGGUCUUAUUGAAACGACUAAAAAGGAAAAGUCAACGCAUAUAAUUACGCUUCCGCUGGCGUCAUCUGCGAUGCUAUUAUCCAAAAAUUCCUUAAACGUUGCUAUGCCAACUGAGCCUUUAAACCUGUGCAACACGGGCCAAGUAUCAAGUGAACAUUUACCAAACUUUCAUGGAAAAGAUAAAAAGGAAAGAAAAAAGUACAAAUCAAAAUAUGACACGAGCUUACCAGAAAAUAAAAAGGAAUUUAACAAGGUUUAUUCCCCUGAAACAACGUCCUCAAUCCUAACUAAUUCUAUUCAUGGUAUAAAACAAAAAAAUGAUGCUCCCUGUCCGGAUCCAUUCAUGACAGUUCCCAACCCUUUGUCAAAUACAUCAAUGUAUCCUAGCAAUCAAACAGGAAUUGUUCCAUUGCUUCCACUAUUGCACUUUCCGCCACGACCAGGCUUAAUUCCUUCGGGACCUGGUCUUUUUCCUGCAGUAACUGGUCUGGUCGGCUUUGGAAAUAAUAAUAACAGAGUCGGUAUCGCACCGUUCAUCGCUUAUCCGGGAUCAGAAGGAUCUGUUGCUGAUACCGUUAGAUGUCCACCAAUUAAAACUUCAGCUGAUACUGACAGUGAUCAAUUUCUGAGGAGGUCCUCCGCGCAGAUGGACUUGCAAACUGAUCGAAACUACUGCAAUGUUGCGCCGUUGGUACCAGAUUCAUUGAAGUUUUCUGAGUCAGGUAAAACAGUGACUUGUGGCAAUACUGACUUGGAAAAUGCAUAUACGCCACAUGCUCCAGCUAAAUUAAAGGCAAAAUCAUCAGUACAGGCUUCUGGAAACCUUGGUGAUCCAAUCGAGGUCUCAGAUGAUUCAGACGAAUCAAUACAAAACAGACAAAUGGUUCAAAGAAAAUCACCACUAUCAUCCCCAAGUCAUGCUAAAGCGGGCUUAGUACAACCACAGUCCCAAUCAGCAAUAUGUGAAGACAAAACCCAUGUGGAUUUAAGGAAUGUUUUGCCUUCUUCAAGCUCUAGUGAAUCAAUUAAGAAAUUGAAGAAGCCAGUAAAACUGACCCUUCCAGACGUAAAGAAUAUAAUUCACACAGCCCCUCCCACGUCAUCAUUUCAGCAAUUCAACUUACCGAAUUUUAUGGGAGGUGACAAGUUCAGUUUAGCUGGGGGAGCCGAUCUUAUUCCAUUGUCUAGAAUGGACUGCGGUUCGGCAUAUUCGUCCCAAAAGGUGCCGUCCAGUAGCUUGACAGGAAACGUGGCAUCAGGCGUUAACCCUCUUUUAUCAAGUCACAUGAAUAUAUCAGAGGAGCAGCAAUUUUUGCCAACAUUUUCAAACUACGAGGAUAUUACUAUUACACCAACUGGAGCAUUGUCGCUAGAUCUCAAAAUGCGCAAACAUCAUAAAAAACUAAAAAAGCUCAAGGAAGGGAAAAUAAAAAAAAAAAAGGAUAAAAAAGAUAAAUCAAAGAAAAAGGAUCGAAUUGGCAUAGCGUCUUUCAAACCCGACCGAAAAAUAAAGGGACUUGACAAAAAACAAAAAAAGGAGAAGAAAAAGGAAAAACAGAUUUUAAUCCAUAUACCGGAUGAAGUGGAAGAAUUUCCCAGGGCGCCUUUAAUAAACACCGUUGAACUUGGCUCUACUCAAAGUGUACUUUUGGGUACACCUGUAUUGAAAUCAAGUCCAAUGCCAAUAAAACCACCGCUUGCGGCCACUUAUGCAAUGUCUCCUAAGUUACAGCAGUCUCCGAGUCAAAUACCAAAACUAACACUAAAACUAGGUGGCAAAUCCACAACAUUUCCGGUUCCUGAAAAAGACAAAGACACGUCGGAUGCAGGAAAGGUUAAACAGCCAACUAUAUUUCCUGUAGAAAGAAAAGAGCGUGAGCGAGAUAAUUCUCCUGAGCUGGCUCGCUUCUCCCCAUUGGUCACCGGGCCGCCUAAGGGCAAAUCAUCUGAAUCGCACUUACUAGGAAUAUCAAGUGCAGGCCCGCCUCUAAGCGACAGUUCCGUUAAUACUACUUCAGUAGUCCCAGUGCCUUCCCCAAUAGUUUCGAGGCCAACGCAGAUACCCAUAAGCCAAACCUCGUCCAACUCAGCCGGUUGGCUGUCGAAUCCCAGUAGCAGUAAUGCUGCGUCGUCCACGCUUUCGGCUAGUUCAGUUUUAUUACCACAGCAAUUGAUGUUGACGCCUAAUACGAUCAUAAAUAACUUCUCAUCAGUAAUCACCAAUAGUGGAGGACCCGCGUCAAAAGGUGGCUCGUUUAGUUCUCCCCCCAUUAUUUCAGAAGAGAAUUCGCACAUCGCAGAAACAAGUCGUCCAUCUUCAUACGUUGACGCCGAGGGGAAUCGCAUAUGGAUUUGUCCGGCUUGUGGGAAGGUAGACGAUGGUUCUGCUAUGAUUGGAUGUGAUGGAUGCGAUGCGUGGUACCAUUGGAUUUGUGUGGGCAUUACUUUUGCUCCUAAGGAUAAUGACGAUUGGUUCUGUCGCGUUUGUGUAACAAAAAAAAGAGUUCAUGGGUCUGAGAAAAAAAAAAGAAGAAAUAAGAAAAAGUGAAUUCUAAUUAUGUUGGAACAACUUAAUUUAGCUCGUUUAAUGUGUAAUUUUUGAAAUUUUAACUCUAACAUCCCGUAGCGGACUGUGCUUGAUGGUAUAUAAAAAGUUUUUGCCUUAAUAAAAAUUAUGAAAAACA